AAAAAAGAUGGCCAGAACCUCGAAGGUAGUUCCCUUCGGGGAGUCCCAGUACGGGCCGCUGCAGUUGCAACGCAAGACGUUCCGUAUCAUCGGGUACUAUCCGGGCGAUUCCGGCUUCCUGCAUUGGGCCAUGGUGGGUGUGUUUGUGUUUCACUACUGGUUCCAGAUCCAGCUGAGCUACUGGGAGAUUCGCUACGGGUGGAUUAAGAUGCGCGAGGGUGACGUGCUGGCGGCCCUGGAAGGAAUCUGUCCCACGCCGAGCCGGAUCGACGCGAUUCUCAAGUGUUUGAUUCUGAUCGGGGAGCGGAAGAAGCUGAAGGUGCUGCUGGACAAGCUGGUGGAGCUGCAUGAUCAAGGAAAAGCCGGCGAGAAAUCCAUCUACCAAUGGGCCAACUAUUGGGGUCACCAGUUCACCAAAUUCGAGCUAACGUUCUUCAUAAUGACCUGUAUAUUCUUCUGUCUCCUUCCGAUGGCGACAAUGAUCUAUCAUGCAGUAGUAGCACCGGAUGAACCAAGAAUCUAUCUUCUACCGGCGCUAGUGGCCUUACCGUACAAUUACGCGUACUCUCCGGUAUUUGAGUUCACCUUCCUACUGCUGGCCUUCAUCACGUUCACCCCCUGCUUCAUGCUGGCCGGAGGUGACGGUCUGUUCAUCGGUGUGUGCCUCCUUGUCACCAGCCAAUUUCGCAUCGUCCAACAGCAGCUCGAGUCCCUGGGCCGCGAAGAACCCCCCGGGACCGCCGUCAACCCAGCGAACCCAACCCCCGCCGAAAACGGCCAGAUCCUGGCCCAGUUGAAGCUAAUCGCCCAACGACACAACCAGGCUAUCGAAAUUUCCCGGGAAAUGUCCUCGCUGUUCAUGCCGAACGUGUUUGCGGUUUACACCAUCGCCGCCGUCAAGAUCGGACUGGCCUGUCUCAUUCUGAUGCAGUCCGAGGGCUUCAAGAAGCUUAUCUACAUGUUCGGGUCGCUCGGCAUUCUCACGGAGAUCUAUGUCUACUCGUACGGGGGGACGCUGCUGCUGGAAGAGAGCGAACGGAUUCGCCGUAGCGCCUACGACUUUCCAUGGUAUCGCUACGAUAAGGACGUCCGCCGGCUAAUCCAGAUGAUGAUGAUACGAGCUCGGAAGCCUUCCGGCCUCGAGGUGCCCUUUUUCGAAGCAUCGGUGGCCACUUUCGGGAUGAUCAUCCGUACGGCCGGAUCCUGGGUAACCUUGAUGCAGACAUUCUUGUAAAAACUUAACGACCGGAAUAAUUGCCCUCCCAUCCCCGCUGGCCACAGUUCACCACCAGGGGGAUGGUCCACUAAUGACGCGACCCCGCCACCCUAUCAUACACACUCCCUGCAUAAGGAUAUCAAAUCACGCGAGUCACAGCGCCAUAGAUAAUCUAACUCAUUUCCUAGAGUGCACGGCACACUGUAGCAUCCCGCUUUGCUUUGGAUCCAGUCCUCGACAAUGUUCCCUUCGUAGCGUGCACCGUCCAUGGAAGUCCGUAAGGUGGCGCUCGCCGGAACUGAAACCGAGACCAUGAACUGGAUAGUGGGUUAAUUUUACACCCAUUUUAGAUGCUUUAGUUGCGACUAAGAUUUUUUUUGCAUGAUUUUGAAAAUUUGGCUUGAAAUUUGAGCUAAAGUCGUUUACUAAAUUAUCUCAUAAUAUCUAACAAGAGGAGAAAUCAUGUUAAGAUAAUCGUACAAAUCAAAAUUUUUAUGAUAUUUGAGUAAACAACAUUUAAUAAAAACAUAGAGGACAAUCACAAUUCAAAUUCCAAUGUCAGUCGUGCCCACCCCUCAAGUAGAAAUCUCGGAACGUUUAUUUUUAAUACGCGAUCCAACAGGCGAUUCGCUUCUUCACAACCAUCCUGCCUGCGGCCUUUGUCCUGCAGAUGGCGAUGGUGGCAGCGGAUGAUGGUCGUCGAACCAACCCGCCGUCGCCGCCGGCAAUUCGAAACGGAUGGUCAUGAACACGGUACAUCUCACGCGUCGUACGGUCGCGGGUUGAGCCAGGACAUGGAGGGCACACGGUAAUGAAAUUCCCUCCUUUUUCUGCUGGCAAUCUACCCCAGGGACGUUACGCGAUGGCCACGCCGCUGACGGUGCCAGGUUCUUGGCUAGAUCCAGAAUCAGCACUCUAACACAGACAAACGGACGUUAAAACAUUUUUUGAAAUUCAUUAAUCAAAAAGUUAACUGUCAAUUUGAAUGCAACUCACCACGGCAGAUUUCAAUUCACCACAUGCGUUUGUUAAUACACCUGUCGCCUGAUUUACGUCUGAUUGUCUGUGACUCUACUAAUGCGACAAGUACACACGGGGUGGCAGCCGGCAACGUUACUUUUGGAUUAUGCAAAAUCCUUCUACGUUUUAAUUGGGUUGUCCUUGAUUGGACUUGCAGUUAAAUGGCUAGUCGAAUUACCUAGUGUGGAACUAUUAGCUUGGCUUUCAUUUUAUGGCCAAACUAAAUGUUUUGGACCAAAUACCAACUAUGAAUCGACUUUUUUGGUAAUUAAAUUUGGGUUUAAAUCUAUUCGAAAAAAAAUAAACAUUUCAAGAAAAGAUAAUCAAAAGUUAAAAUUAUACUUACCCGCUGGCUCCACCGUCACAGAGUUAACUGAGUGGAAUAACCACCCAACGAAGCAGCAAUUAUCCGGAAGCAUUCAAAGGUACGCUUCGCGCCACACCACCUACAGCGUAGAACAGCUGACUGUCACACCGCUCCCUAUUACUCCCCCUCUGGAGCCACCUGAUGUCGUUAGCACCUUCCCGUGGCUGCUUCUGCUGAACCUCCCCCCACCGAGCUUGAAAAUCUCAUAAAAGAUGCAAACGAGGAGCAGAACCACCCUUCUCCUUUCGCCAUCGCCAGGACGCCAACGACGACGGUAUAGACAAAAGGAAGUUAAUUUUAUGCUAAAUGAAUCUAAUAAAGGAUAGUAAUUAUCUAAGUAGAACUAUUUUUAUUAGAGCUGUUUAUGAAUAAAAGCUUGUGUCUCGUUAGGGAACGCUUCACCUCGUUCGGCUUCAACAGUUUUAUUGCAAGCAUAAAAGCAGUUA